GCGUUGAGAGGAGUCAUCCGACGAAGAUCGCGGUUAGUGGACGCCAUUAUUGGACGUUUUAAUUUGACUUGGAAGUGUAUAAUAAGAAUUGUGUGAACUUAAUAAAGUUUUGGUGCAUCGAGCGGUGGCGGUGCGUGGUUGAGUGCGUUUCGGAUUGAAAUUGUGUGCAAUAACCGAAGUGCCGACGAGUGCGCCGAGUGUAAGUGUGGCGUGCGGUCCGGAACAAUUGUCGGUGCAUUUCCAAUCCCCCAUCUCACUUUCGGGACCGAACGAAAAUAGGAACGAAAACAGUGCAGUCAAUGUCAGCAGGCGUGUCAGAUCAGCGGAUGAAAGGUCAGGGAAACACAGUGUCCAAUGGCCCUAAAGAGCAGUUAGGAACGGCAGGAACGGGCGGCGACGGUGUGGUAGCAAGUGGUAGCGGAACGUCUGCAGAGCAAGAGUUCGAGACAUGGCGAUCGCAGCAGCAGCAACAGGCGAAUUCAGCCGCCGCGCACAACAAUCCAUAUGGCACAUCAGUGCCGAUCUCGACCGCCACGGACUUGUACAACAUGAGCACGGCAGGAUACUACGGCAGUGGCGGCACGUUUCCUUAUCAGGCGUACGGCGUCGGCGACGGCACAUGGUCCAAUGGCCAGGAUCCGAUGGCGUUCCUCAGCGGCGGCUAUCAUCACGACUCGUAUUCCAUCGACGGAAUGUUUGGCCCGUCAACGACAUACUCCACCCCGAAUCCAUUCGCUCAGCCUUCGUCGUUCAACUACUUCCACAGCAACGGCGACUACAACACCUGGGGCAGUCAGAUCGGCCAACAGCGCAAGUACGACGAGUACUAUCGGGAUCAACAGCCCAAUAUGUACACGCAAGCCAUGCCCGGAGACACGUUGAAAACGGUAGAGCAAGCCAUGCAAAAUUUAGAUUUGAAAAACUCCGAAUCUAAAGACCAAAAGAAAAUGACAUGGGCGAGCAUAGCAAGCCAGCCUGCAAAACCCCAACUGCCCAUGCCCAGUCAAGGGCUGAAGAAGAAGGGUCCCGGUAUGCCGCCUGGACCAAUUAUCCCGGGCAAGCACAAUAUGGAUAUUGGUACAUGGGACACCAACAAAAAUACACCACCGCAACAACCCCCACCACCACCGACGUUUGUCAACAACCCGCAGCCGCCUGUGCCGAAAUCGAUGGGAGCCGCUCCAGCAAUGCCGGUGCGUCCAGCAUGGAAUUGCCCACCGACCAAUCGCGGCCCCCCGUCGGCGCCCAGGCCUGGCCCCCACACCAUGCAAUCCUAUCAGCCAGCGAUCAUGCCGCCGCACAUGCAGCCACCGCCUCCGGUCAGCAUGCCGACUGCUGGAUCGCACGUGCAGAGCUUAAUGCAGCAAACGAGUAUGCAGCCGCCGUCGCUGCCUGCUUCGAUGGUUCAACACUCUCAUCAACAACAGUCGACGACUGUGGCGGCGGCAAAUGCCUCGCACCCGGUGCUCGAUGAGCUGCGCGGCAAGAACAACUACAAUCCGCCCGAAUUCGAUCUGAACGCGCCCAACGCGCGAUUCUUUGUUAUAAAGUCCUACUCGGAGGACGAUAUACAUCGUAGCAUUAAAUACGAGAUCUGGUGCAGCACGGAGCACGGUAACAAGCGGCUUGAUCAGGCAUAUCGCGAGCGCGAGCCAAACGGUGCAGUGUAUUUGUUCUUCUCGGUCAACGGUAGCGGACAUUUCUGCGGCAUGGCGCAGAUGGUGUCGCCGCUGGACUAUAAUUCGAACAGUUCAGUGUGGUCGCAAGACAAGUGGAAGGGACAGUUCAAAGUGCGCUGGGUGUAUGUGAAGGACGUGCCCAACGUGCAAUUGAGGUAUAUUCGAUUGGAGAACAAUGAGAAUAAGCCGGUCACCAAUUCCAGAGACACGCAGGAAGUGCCUCACGCUAAAGGAUUACAAGUGUUGCGGAUUAUUCAUACGUAUCGACAUUCGACGUCGAUCUUCGACGAUUUCAUCCACUACGAGAAGCGACAGGAAGAGGAAGAUACUCGGAAACAGCCGGACGGAUCGUGUGGUGGUGGUAAUAGUGCUGUGAAAAAUAAUAGUGGUGGCGGGCGAGGCGAUCAUGACGGGCGCGAUCCACGUGACCAUCACGGUCCUAAUCAUCGGGGCGACCAUCGCGGUGAUCGCGACAGAGACCGUGAACGAGGCAGCGAUCGCGAUCGUGAUCAAGGCGUCCGCGGCGAUAGGAGCGAACGCGGUCAUCAUCGUAAUCAUCACGACCACGAUCGACACAAUGACCAUCGACCGCACCACGGGCGCAAUCACGACAACCAUGACGGUCGCGGCGGCGACCGGGGUGGACCUGAUAGAGGAGAUCGGGAUCGCGAUAAUAGGUACCACGAUCGCGGACACCACAAGGAACGUGGAGAUAGAGGAGGACGAGGCGCAAGGAAUCGCAAUUAAAGUCAACUAAAAAUACAUAUAAAAUUGAGUGCGGUUAUACUUCGACACGGAUUUUAUGAACUACCUUUAAAAAAAACAGAACACUGGGACUGAAUUUACAAUCGAAACUAACACUGGACUUACAAAACAAGUUCCUUUCUAUAUGCGCCGCGUGCGAGCCGUACUCAAAAUGAUUCUAACUUGUCGGUGCGACGUUCAAACCAAUAACAAUAGCCACCAAGAGAAAACUAAAUUCGCGUAGUGCCCCCCUCAGUUCAAGUUCACUAAUCGGUUGUAAACAAAUGAAGGAAAACAAUGGAGAAACAAAAGACGUCAAACUGAAACGUUCGUCGUAUCUAAGCAUGAAAUACGGCCGCGUCCGCUAUUUAAUCUUACGAUAAGAUUACCUAAAUUGCGGGCAGGCGCGAAUAAGUAAAUAAUUACGAAUUAAUCAAAAUAGUUGAUUUAUUACAAUUACAUAUACACCAUAAAUACAUUAUAUGAGUUUACUGCGCGAUGGUUCAGAUGAUUUGCUGGAUUUUUUCCUCCAUGUUGUUAGUUUGUUAUAUUUCUUUGUUUUGAAGAUUUUCAAAUUAUACACGCAUAGGAAAAAGCAAGCUGAAAAUAUACGUUUAUAUGCUUUCGUUGGUGAUUUUUUCCGAAAGAUUUUUGUUUGUUCAACUUCUUAUAAUUUUGAUUGCGAAUGUCUUUCUAACAUGAGUAUCGUUUCGUGUGGGACUAAAAUCAUAUACAUAGUUACUAAAGUAAAAUGAUAUACAUACAAUACAUAUGAUGGAUAUAUGCCUAAUGAAUUAAAGAUUAAUAAAAUUAAAUGGGACUUCUACUUCAUUAUAAAUAUAUAUUACAAAAUUAAUAAAAAAAAAAACAACAAAUAUUAAGCUGUGGUUAUUAAACUUUUAUUGUCAUUGUCUACUGAUAUCAUUUAUUGAUACCGCUAUAAUAAUUAUGAAUAUUUAGAAAUUGAUAUGUUGCUAUUAAAUGGAUGUAGAGAAAGAAAUUGAGCAAAAAAUUAUGAAUUUGUUAUUACCUGUAUAAUUUACAUUGUAUUCAAGAAUUGGAUAAAUAAUAAGAAGAAAGAUGAAGUUUGA